AUGCAGCCUGUGUUCCGAUACAGACGGUGGCUUGAGGACGAGAAGCAGUUGAUUCCAGCGGGUCAGUCAGACUCCAUCGCGGACAUCGAGUCCUGUCUUCCUCCUGUUCGAGGUCCAGAGGCGAGCGUCACCAAUUACAUCGAGAUGCUUGAACAAGUCGAGGACCGACUGUUGGACUUUUAUAAUGGUAACAAUAAUCGGUUCAACAAACACACUUGGGAUAUGAAGCGAGCCAAGCACAUCGAGUACCAGGCUAUUGCCAACAGCCUACUCCGGAUUGUUGGUGGCAGCAUCGGUGAGCGCUGCAAGGAUGACAAUCCUGCGUUGAUCGGUGUGGGCCUUGGUCAGUUCGGAAGCUCCAGUCGACUGUCAUCUCUGCACUCUUCAUUUUUGUCGUAUUUCGUCCCAUUGGCUCGGUCUCUCAGAUACAUUGUGGUGGGUCUCAACGAGUUUUAUACGUCCGGAUUGCCACCGGUUUGUGGCCCAAGUCACCCUUCGAGAACUCUUCUGCCCCUACUGUGGACGGUAUCGCCACAGAGAUGUGAUGGCGGCCGAAAACAUGUCCAACAUUGCCCGAGAGUACCUAUUGCACCAGGAACGACCACUCUAUCUUCACCCCGUCACGGCAGAUGGUAGAUACCCAUGGAUGGAGUCAAGAAGUCCAGGGCAAGAGAUGGCCGAAGGGGCGAUUGUUGGAACCAGCGCCACUAA